AUGACUCCUGAUAAUAAUAAGCCUUUCCUUUCCCUCCUACUCCUCGCCGCUCUUCUUUGCGCCUCCUCCCCUGCCUCCGCCACCAGGAAGCUCGCUGCGGGAAAGAGCAGCACUACCACUACCACUGCUCCAACUGCUGCUUCUUUCAAGGAUGACAAAUCCUUCUUUGACAACGGCGGCUGCCUGGGUGGCGGCUUGGGCGGAGGUGCUGGUGCUGGUGGAGGGGCCGGGUUUGGCGGGGGUGCUGGUGCGGGCGGUGGCGGUGGACUCGGCGGAGGUGGCGGAGGCGGGUUCGGAGGAGGCGGCGGAGGAGGAGUAGGAGGUGGAGGUGGGUUUGGGGGGGGAGCUGGUGCAGGGUUUGGGGCUGGAGGCGGCUCUGGUGGCGGGGGAGGAUUUGGCGGCGGUGGCGGAUACGGAGGGGGAAUUGGCGGAGGCGGGUGGCCUUGA